UGUAACAGGAAGCAGAUCUCCAGCUCCGAGUAAUGUGUCGAUGAGGAGCGAUCGAUCCAAGGAAUGGGUGCCUGAUUAUUUUGGUGAAACGGCUCCAAGCCAUCCAAAGCAAUGUUCAGUCUGUAAAGAGGUUUUAACGGAUCGAGGGUGUCCAAAGUGCCAAAAAACAACCCCAGAAACACAUGGUGAAGAACUCGAUUUAAAACUGAAGAAGAAACUUCAAAAAGAAAUGCAAAAGAAAUUCUCAGUUACAGCUGAGGGCAAUGGUGACCCCAAAAUUUCACUGAAAAGUAUUUACACAACUCUCUACGUAACCAAAGGAGAGAGUCUUUCUGAUGAGCAUGAGUUUAGACACCUGAAAGUCAGUCUUAAAAAGCAGUCCUCAGAAGAUUCCUCAGUGAACCUAACGGAAAUGUUUAAAUCUUUAGCGGACCGAGGGAAACCCCAAAGAAGGGUCCUGACAAAGGGAGUUGCAGGCAUUGGGAAAUCAUUUGCUGUUCAGAAGUUCAUUGUUGACUGGGCUGAGGAGGAAGCAAACCAACACAUUUACUUUGUUUUCUGUUUUGCUUUUCGAGAAUUGAACCUUGUUAGAAUGGAAAAAAGCUUCAAUGAGCUUCUGAGUGAUUUUCAUCCAACUCUUCAAUCUCUAAAAGAUCCUCCAGAUUAUAGUAAAGCAAAAAUAGUAAUAAUCCUUGAUGGUCUGGAUGAAAGCAGGCUGAAGUUAAAUUUUGAGAACAAAAAGACAGGGUUGUCUCUGACAGAUGUAACAUCUGUAGAUAACCUGCUUGUAAACCUUAUCCAGGGUAACCUCCUUCCCGAGGCAAACAUCUGGAUAACGUCCCGUCCAGCAGCAGCCAGUCAGAUCCCUGCAGAGUACAUUGAUUCCGUGACAGAAAUAAAAGGGUUUACUGAUGAUCAGAAAGUGGAAUAUUUUCAAAGGAGAUUUGGUAAUAAGUCAAGUCUCACAGAGAGCAUAAUAUCACAUAUUCAGUCCUCUCAGUGUCUGGAUAUCAUGUGCCAGAUUCCGAUCUUCUGCUGGCUUUGUUCGGUCUUAUUCUCAGAGGUCUUUGGUGGAGAUGAGAAAGCUGAAAUCCCUCAGACUCUGACAGAGGUGAUGGCACAUUUUGUUUUAGCCCAAACAAAACGUAGAAGCAGAAAAUAUGAAAAGAAGAGUAAGACCCACAUGGAGAAGCUUCUGGAGAUGCACAAAGAGUUUAAUUUGAAACUUGGGAGGCUUGCAUUUUUCCAACUUCUAGAUAAUAAUCUAAUAUUUUAUGAGGAAGACCUGAGAGACAAUGGAAUCGACACAGAAGAAGCUUCCAUCUUUUCUGGUUUUUGCAACACGGUUCUUAGAGAAGAAAAAGUUUUCUACCAGAGAAAGAUCUUCUUCUUUGUGCAUCUGACCCUCCAAGAGUUCUUUGCUGCACUGUAUGUCUAUGAAUGUUUCACUACCAAGAAAACCAAAGAGCUUGUAGAAUUCCUUAAGUUGGAGGAGAAAGAUUAUGCUUUAGCUGACCUUAUAAAGAUGACUGUUGACAAAGUUCUUGAAAAGAAGAAUGGUCACUUUUUCUUGCGGUUCCUUCUUGGCCUGAUGAUUGAACCCAACCGAAGACCUCUUCAGGGCAUGUUGACAUCUGUUGACCCAACUGAAGAUGCAGAAAAAGUCUUAACUUACCUGAGAUCUCUCCGAAGAAAGAACCUGUCUCCAGAUAGCUGCAUCAAUAUCUUCCAGACUUUGGUUGAGAUGAGAGAUCAUAAACUCAAAGAUGAGAUCCAAGAAUAUCUUCAACUGGACAAUCGUUCAAAGAAAGAGUUGACUCCCCUACAUUGCUCUGCCCUGGCCUACAUGCUGCAGGUGUCCAAGAAUGAACUGGAGGAGUUGGACCUAAACACUUACAACACAACAGAUGAAGGCAGAAGGAGGCUCAUACCAGCAGUGAGGAGCAGCAAAAAGGCUGUUUUGAAUGACUGCAAGGUGACUGCAGAGUGGAUUGAACACCUGGUCUUUGGCUUAAAGUUCCCAUUUUCUCCCCUCCGAGAUCUGGACCUGAGCAACAACGAUCUGAUGGAUUCAGGUGUGAAGUUACUCUGUGGCGGGCUGUCGAGUCCCUGCUGCAAACUCAAAGUAUUGAGGUUAUCUGGCUGCUGUAUCACACGGACGGGGUGCGAAUAUCUGGUCUCAGCUCUUAAGUCCAACCCCUCCCACCUGGUGGAACUGGACCUAAGUUACAACCAUCUGGGGGAAUCAGGAAUGAAGCUGAUUUCUGAGCAAUUUAAACAACAAAAAGUCAAUUUUAAACACGAUGGAAGUAAUCGGACAAAACCAGGAUUCGAAAAGUAUGCCUGCACACUUACUCUGGACUCCAAAACAGCACACAAGAAUCUGCUUCUAUCUGACGGGAACAGAAAGGUGACCUGGGUAGAGAAAGAGCAGCCCUAUCCUGAUCACACAGAAAGGUUUGAGCACUACGCUCAGGUCCUGUGUGAACAGGGCCUAAAGGAGCGCUGCUACUUUGAGGUGGAUGUGGUGGAGCCCUGCACUGUUGGCCUAGCAUACAAAAGCAUCAACAGAAAAGGAGACACAGUGAACUGCAGGUUUGGGAUGAAUGAAAAGUCCUGGUGUCAGAGUUGCUCAGGACAUGGUUGCUACAUAUGGCAUAACAACAAUAGUACUUUUGUCUCCUCUUUGCGCUGCUCUCGUGUUGGAGUGUACUUGGAUUAUGAGGCUGGCAGCAUAUCUUUCUACAAAGUUUCUAAUGACAGCCGCAGUCGUCUUCACACCUUCAAAGAUCUGAGGUUCAGUGAGGCCCUCUAUCCCGCCGUUCAACUUUAUCCUCAUUCUUCUGCUUUUUUUUGUUAGCUAACAUUACAUUAGGAAAGUGCAAAGCACCGGCGGGAGUAGAGAGUGACGAGUUUCUUUAAUUUUGGUGCUGCAAUAUUCCAAAGUAAGAAAGGGAUCUGCCUAUAUAUCCAAUAUUACGACUAAAAAAUUUAUAUAUUGUAGAAUAUUCUGGCUGGCUCGCCAAAUAUAGAAGCAGCUGUACUGCCUUAUAUUUCCUUAUCCAUGCCCUUAUAAUCCUAGCAGUACAUGCUGAAGGUCAAGUAUGAGUCUUAGCAAUAAUAAGGUCCCUAAUGGCUAAGAUGUUUUGGCAUAAACAGAGAACGUCUGUAUAAACAUUCUUUCCAGUGUCAGAGCAACCUCUGGCUUUCACCAGCACACGUGAAUUCUGGUAAGAUUUCGACAUAAUAUUCCGUUGUGCAUGUGCAUUGAGAUGAAGCCUGAGAUAAAAUGAGAGUUGGGGGGGAAAACUCAGAUGUCUGACGAUGUGGCGCUGAACUUAGCUGUUGAAGACAGCUGUAGGAAUUUGAAUUGUAAAUAAAUGUUUCCCCCCUCCGGAGGACAAAAUGAUGUGAAUCGUGUUCAGGUGUUCUUCUUUGUGUCAUAAGGGAAUUCUACCAAUGAGCUUUCACAAUUGGUGCAUUAAUCAGUAUAGGCAGAAAGCUUGCGCUGGUCACUGAAUUAAUUUAAGCGAUUCACCUUUUUGUCACCGGAUUGUGCUGCAGCAUAAAUUGGCAUCUUGAGAUAAAAAAGGAGCUGUCAGAGCUGGGUUGGUUAUGGAAUCAUUAAGAGUAACCUGCUGAAGUGAGGUUGCAGGAUAAUGUUAGAAAUUGGUGGAAACUCUCGGUCACGGAUUAUAAUUGAUUAUGAAUGAUGCAACUAAGAUAAAUAAGUACUUAUAUGUUAAGGGACCGCCUUUAAUUACAUGUUGCCGAGUUACAGUUCGGCUGAGCCUGAAGGGCUGUGUUGUUGAGGGACUAUAUUGAGAUCUUGUUGUUAUUGUCUCCGGAGAAAGAAACAGAGAGCAGGUUGGCUCUGUGUUGAUGUUGCUAGACCAAAAGUUGUUAAAAAUAGUUAACAAUUGCGUGCAAAUUAGUUAAAUUGGCUGCUUGGGUCUAUGAAGAUAUGAUGAUGUGCACAUGAAACUAGUUGUCAUGGCCUUAACAGUAUUAAUUUUGUGUGCUUGAAGAGCUCUGAGAUGUGUAAUUAUGUAUGAUCAGUGCUGUUUGAAGUGUGUGUGUUUGAUAUCUAAUCGUACACUAAAAAACAAUCUGUUUAAAUUCAGACCUCCUUCAAACUGUACUGAAUUUCAUGGUUUUCUUUAUAGCAAAACUAUUUUGUAACAUUAUAAUGCAUUACGUUCUGGUUCUGAGCACAUUAUUAGACUUAGAACCAGCAUGAGGCAGAAUAUCUCAUAUCACAUUUAGCAGAGAUAGGUUAGGACUUAGAGAGAACAUGCUUAUCAGUUCUUGCAUUUAGAAUUAAAUAACACUGAUAUUUAGAUAACUUAAUAACAGAGUAAGAUUUUGUCGUUUCUUUUCUUUUUCUUUGUUCAUUUUAGAAAAACUCGUUUCCAGCUUUGGGAGACAGAACUCACACUGAAAUACUGUGCACACUAGCUGAUGUUUACUUCAGAAAGACUGAAUUAGUAUUGUGAAAUGUAUAAGCACUAACUAAUAAGCUAAAAAAUCUUCAGAAUAUGUUACCAAUAGCCACUAUGUAAAUAAUUGCAACGGUUACAUCCUGAAUCCUAUGGGAUGUUGUCAGAACUUUUAUUUUAUUGCUACUUUAAAUUUUGAACAGUUAAGUUGAAGAACCACCAGCUAUGAUUUGUAAAGAUUCAGCCCAACAGUGGAUCUACAGGUUUAUUUUAUAUAUCAGAAAUCACUUUUCUUUAUUAUCACUACAUUCUCCGUUAAGGUUGAUAAACAUGAUGUAUUAUUCGAUCAAAGGUUUGAAUGGAAUAGAUCAAACAUUUCCAGACCAGUUUUUAUUUAAGUACAUAGGCUCAGCCUCAACACUACAGGACAGGACAGAUUUUAAUUGCAUACUCUGCAUUAACAAUGUACUAAUUACCUUGCUUUAAGUUUCUCUUCACAGAUGCUGCUAAACCUGCCUUGAAACCUUUUCUGAAGGAAGACUCAUGGUCUGUGCCAAAUAUCAUAGUAAGGUAGGAAAACUAUAAAUGGAUAUUACAUUUGAUGAUUAUUUAGAGCUCAACUGCAAAUACUUUGGAAAUGUUCCCAAAUUUAGUGAUUUGAAACAGUCUAUAAUAUUAAGUACUAAAUCAGAAGAUGGAGACAUAUGAAAAUUAUGUGACUAUGUUAGAAUAGGUCAUUAUUCAAACUAAUUAAAUAGAAACAUUUAAAAAGAACCUCCUAGUGAUUAUCUAGCCACAAAGUAGCACAUAAAAAUUAACAUGUUUACCCCUUAACUAUAUGGGAUACAACUAUUAUAGGAUGCAAAGGAAGCUGCUAAAAGUAAAUACAUCAGAAAAACUUAACUUGAAACUGUCUUCAACAUAAAAUAAUUUAUAAAGGAUGAAAUCUACAGAAGCUUUUGCAGGAUUUAAAGACAAUACAUUUCCAUAAAUUAGAGAUUCUAUGAAUCCUAAAAUAAUAAAGUAGACAUGUCUUUGUAAAAACGUUAAGUGAAACUUAAGACAUCGGUAUUAAGACUGGUUUCGCAAUAAUAAUUCAAGAUGUUUAUUUAAGUGGGAUUUGCUCUUCCCCAGCGUAAGGACUAGCUAUUUACUUAACGAUAAGAUACAGAAGUAGAGAGUAAUGUUUGAAAUGUUUUGUACAAAUUUUACUUGGAUUAUAACUUAACUCUGAUAUCCUAAAAGUGAAGUUACACAUAUUUGCCUCAAUAUAUGAGCAAGUUAAGUUUUUGAGGCAACUAAUAAAUAAUGCUUGA